GUGCAAAUAGUCAACGUGUAUGCACCUCCUCCAGGGGGCUACAGCAGUGAACCGGAGGAGUCCCCCAUAGGCCAGCUGCAGGAGGUAGCCGGAAUGGGCACAGAUGCAGAGCUGGUCAUAUUAGGAGAUCUUAAUGUCCACCAUGAGAGGUGGGGAGGGGUGAGAGUGGAGAGAAACUUCCGCAUGGCAUGGCAGCUAAUAGCACAGGUGGAUAGGCUGGGUCUCCAGCUUGCCACACCUGUAGGGGCUACCACAUGGCAGGACAGAGGCAGCCCAGGGACGACUAUAGACCUCACCUUUCUAUCACCACUCCUGCACGACAAGCUCAGGAGGUGUGCAAUAGCGGAGGAGGCAUGCAAAGGAUCUGACCAUAAGCCCAUAGAAACAACACUGGAACUCACACCCAUCCCAAAGGAGGCUGAGAGACGAAACUGGAAGAAUGCGGAGCCUGAGGAGGUAGCAAGGGACUGCCAAAAGCUAUAUGUGCCACAAAGCCUGGACUCCAGGCAAGCAGUCAAGGAGUAUGCAGACUACCUGGUAGGAUUUGUAGGGACAUUAGCGGACAAACACGCCACCGUAAGUAAGGCUGGGUUAAAAUCCAAGACAUGGUGGUCACCGAGGGUGGCCAAGGCAGUGGAGGAGUACAAGCAGGCUAGGAGGUCCCAGCUCCCAGAAAUGGAGCGGCUCAGGGCACGCUGCAAGCGCAACAGAGAAAUCCACUUGGCUAAGACAGCAAACUUCAGAGAUCUGGUUGACAGGACCCGUGAUGACCCCAGAUUGAUGUGGGGACUAGCAAAAUAG